UAAAAAAAAAAAAUCCAAAAAACAAAAAACCAAAAAGAAACACACAUAUCUUUCUCACACACCCAGAACAUGGGCGAAGAAACUCUCUCUCUCUAAAAAACGCGAAGUACGAAAAAGGAAUAUAUGAAGCCCUAGAGACACUCUUUUUUUUUUUUUUUUUUUAAUUUACCUUGUAUUUCAAGCAUCGAAUCCACCGUGAUCUGAGAAAUCUGUGAAAUGUGCUUUGGAAACCCUAGAGAGACUAAGUUUCUCGUGCUCAGUUGCCAUUGAUGAAGCUGUUUCGUCGAUGCCAGAGGAUCCUGAUCCUCUCUCUGCUCUCUCUUUCUGUAUUUGCUCCAAUUGUUCUCGUCUCCCACAGGCUAAAAUAUAUCAGUUCUAUUGGACGGAAAGAGUUUAUAGAGGAUUUAUCGAAUAUUAAAUAUAGGACAGACGAGUUGAGACUUGAAGCUAUUCAGCAGGAAGCAAGUGAAGACUUAAAAGAGCCAAGGCUAGUGGUUUAUGAAGAUAAGGAUCUGAUUUCUGUAAUUAGUCACGAUUCUGAGAAAUCCAAAAACGCUGGAGAUACGACCAAUGCAUUGGAAAAUAGUAGAAAUGGAACCACUCAUGAAAACAAAGCAGCUGAUGGACAAUAUCAGCAGAGAGGAGUAUCAUACAAGUCUGCAGAAAAGGAGCAAUUUAGUCAAACAGUAAAAAAAGGUCAGAAUAUACUCUCUACAUCAAACACUGUGCCAGAUGAGAAAAUUAAGGAGACGAAAGAAGUGCAAUAUAAUCAUACAGUGCAAACUGAUCCAAAUGUGCGUUCUCAAUCUCGGAAAGUGAUGGAUGAGAAUGUGAAACAGAUGAAAGAUCAAGUAAUAAGAGCCAAAGUAUACUUGAAAUUUGCAUCCCCAGGCAAUAACUCGCAGCUAGUGAAGGAGUUGAAACUGCGAAUUAAAGAGUUAGAACGGGUGGUUGGUGAUGCCACAAAGGAUUCAGAUUUGUCAAAGAGUGCUUUGCAGAAAAUGAGAUACAUGGAGUCUUCAUUGUCUAAAGCCAGUCAGGUGUUCCCUGACUGCUCUCCCAUGGCUGCUAAGCUCCGUGCUAUGACUGGCAGUGCCGAAGAACAAGUUCAAUCACAGAAGAAGCAAGCAUCUUAUCUUCUUCAUCUAGCUGCAGGUACCACACCGAAAGGCCUACACUGUCUUUCUAUGCGGUUGACUGCAGAAUACUUUGCUCUGGAGCCUGAGCAGAGGCAACUUCCCAACCAACAAAGCUUGCACGAUUCAGAGCUUUAUCAUUAUGUUGUUUUCUCUGAUAAUAUUUUGGCAUGUGCAGUGGUUGUGAACUCCACAGUUUCCAAUGCAGCGGAACCAGAGAAAAUUGUUUUACAUGUGGUGACUGAUUCACUCAAUUUCCCAGCAAUCUCAAUGUGGUUUUUAGUAAAUCCUCCUGGCAAAGCCAAAAUCCAGAUCCAGAGUACUGACAGUUUUGAAUGGUUACCCACCAAGUAUAAAAAUGCAUUGAUGCAAAAUUCCAGUGACCCUAGAUAUACUUCUGAACUAAACCACCUUCGAUUCUAUCUGCCAAAUAUAUUCCCUAAAUUGAGUAAGAUUGUUCUCUUUGAUCAUGAUGUGGUGGUUCAAAGGGAUCUAACUGGACUGUGGAAAGUUAAUAUGAAAGGGAAAGUAAAUGGAGCAGUCGGGACUUGUCAGAGAAAUGAACCCUCAUUCCGCCAGAUGGAUACAUAUAUCAAUUUCUCAGAGCCGCUUGUAGCCAAGAAAUUUGAUGUAAAGACAUGUACAUGGGCAUUUGGCCUGAAUUUGUUUGAUCUGCGAGAGUGGAGGAGACGUAAUCUGACUGCUCGCUAUCAGAAAUAUUUGGAAUUGGGUUUUCGGAAACCAUUAUGGGUAGCUGGGACUUUGCCCUUAGGGUGGCUCACUUUCUAUAACCACACAAUGAAUAUCAAUACGAGAUGGCAUAUCCUUGGAUUGGGUUAUGAAUCUGGUGUUGCUCGUGGCAACAUUGAGCGAGCUGCGGUGAUACACUACGAUGGACUUAUGAAGCCAUGGUUAGAUAUUGUGAUUGGGAAGUACAAGGGUUAUUGGAGUAAAUAUGUCAACUAUGAUCACCCUUAUUUGCAACAAUGCAACAUUCAUGACUAGUUGAACAUAACACGACUAGUAAAAAUUAUCCGGUCGGCACCACAGAAAGUGUAUUUCUUGCUUUUAGGAAUUGCACUUGUCCACUCAAUUUUUUGUUCUUUAGCGAUUCUUCAUGUAAAGUUCAACUCAAUAUUUUUUCCCCAAAAAUUUUUCUGGGUGUAGUAGUCCUAGUAUUAUAGGAGCAGAGUCAUAAGGAGGCAAUAAUUGAAACAGAAAAUGUUUCCUUACGGGAUUUUGUAAUGCUAGGUUUUUUUAUUCUUUUUUUUAUUUUUGUACAGAAUCACAUUUUUAGAUGUUCAACUAUUAUCUCAA